GUCUUGUGAGGAAACAUGCACAUUCAUCAUGUGUUUUGUUUGGUUUUCUUUCUUUUCAGUCCAGUUUUCACUGAUGAAGAUUACUACCAAGUCAGAGCAUGUUGUUCAUACAAGGGGCCGCACUUUGAAGAUAUAGAGUAUACAAUUAUAUCUAGUUUUAAUAAAAAUAAAAUGAUGGAGUACAACAGCACAAGAGGCAACUGGACUGGAUUCACACCUUAUUCAAUAGCAGCUUCAAGACAUUGGAACGGUGAUCCAUACGAUGCACUUGAAAGAAAAUUUGAAAUCAAAUUGUUGUGUGAAGACAAUGUACACUAUAUCCAAAGCCUUGGAAAUCUCUCAACAACCCCCACUGUCAAAAUUAAGUUAGUGAAGCAGUCCAGCGGUGGACACCCAGCCAUGCUUGUAUGCAGCGCCUAUAACUUCUUCCCAAAGCAAGUCAGGAUAACGUGGUUGCGAAACAAACAAGAAGUAAUAACAGGAGUCAGUUAUUCGGAUGUGAUGGCUGAUGGCGAUCUUUAUUACCAGAUGCAUUUAUUUCUGCAGUACACUCCGACUUUAGGAGAAACCAUCACCUGCAUGGUUGAACACGCCAGUCUUUCUGAACCAAAAAUUGUGGUCUGGGAUGACUCCCUCCCUGCUGAAGCACAAAUUCAAAUUAUUAUUGGACUGUGUGGACUCAUCUUUGGUUUAAUAUUUCUGAGUUCUGGAUUGUUUUACUAUAAGAAAAAAUCAGCUAAACAAGUUACAUUCUGCCGAGCAACACAAACAUGGAUUCCUGUGGAACACACCCCUCCAGCGGGAGCAACGGAGCAGCUUUAACAAACACCAUAAUUACAAACAAUCCGUGAUGUUCUGAAUAUAUGUCUCUAUGUCUGGAGAUGGGUUUCAGCUUCUUAGCUUUCUGCUGCACACUCUUCCUAAAAAUACUUUGGGGGUUGGAAAAUGGCGGGGAGUUGCUGGUGGUUGCCGGUUCUUGGUGGUUUCCCGUGGUGCACCCUGUGGCAACGCGCCUCUCAGUUUUAAUUGCACUUAGACUUCAAAACACAAAAAAAACAACACAUAAACAACAUCUGGGGGGCGUGCCAUGUAGUGCAUGGUUGGCGAGGCCACUAAGGUCAAUGUGGUCACUGCCCAUCAAUUUUAAUUGCAAACAACACACACUUCAUAAACAGUCA